CUUUGGAGUCGAGGGCGCUGCUAUUUGAGCCUCAAGGGGGCUCCGGCCGCGAGCGGGUAGGGCUUCGGGAUCAAGGUAUUCGUGAUGGCCGACAUCGCGUACAGUUCAUGCUGCGUCAAUGAGGUUGGGGCAUCACGCGUCGUCAACUGCGCGCACACCCGCUUGAACCCAGAAGCUUCCAUGUUCGAAUCAAACCGCGCAGAUCACUCCAAACUUUCCACCAUGGAUUGCCCACCUGCUGCUAAUGUCGGAAUCCACAGGGAUUCCAUGGAGAUAAGUUCCGGUGAUAGAUUCGCAGCUCUGAGUAGCAUUGGGGGGGAGUAUAUCUGCAAGGAUAAGCUCCCCCUCCUUCUGAAGAAGAAGCUCGCACCCAUCUGUUACGUUUGGUUUGAACCAUCUCACAUGAUGGAAAUAGAGCAGAAAUAUAAAAAACUAAUAUGCUUGUUUGUGGAAAUUUUGAACCAGUACCCUGUUUUUAGAGGGGAAAACUUCUCUGCACAGAUGUCAUAG